AUGUCGGACGCGUAUGGCCCGCAGCCUGCUGUUCCACCAUUGUCGAGUGACGCGAGUGAUACCCGAGCAGCACCAGCGGCCCCGACUGCCGAGUACGACGGAACCGAUUUAUUUGGUUUGCCGGCCGCCGAGGCAUUGCGCCUACUCAGCUCCAGCGUGGAGGUUCUCGUUCGCAUGACGGGGGACAUUCCUCCCACGCCUUCGCCCAAGACGUUGACCAAUCCCCAAAUGAGCGGCAUGCAGGUCGAAAAGGACAAUAUCGUGAGGUCGCACUCCCAGCAGAAUCUCGCAAGGCUGCGGCAGCAAGCUGGAGCGGCGUCACCGAGCACGAGUGCUGGGGCCUUGAGUCAGGACUUGAACAAGUUGCAGGCAUACAGCGCCAGCAUGGCAGCCCAGCUAGUAGCGCAGCAAGAACAAAAUCGCCCUGCGCCGAGACCAGCAUCGGCGGCCGUGGAACCAGCAGAACCCAUAGACGGCGUUCAGCUGAAACACCAUUCCCCCGAACCACCACCCUACGUCAUUGUUGGUGCCGACUCUCAACCCGUCAAUCUCCAACACGGUGCCAUCACGCGUAAAUUCUACAGCAAAAAGGAGCCGCCCAUCACCAUCAAGCAGUACCUGUUGCGCCUGCACCAGUUCUGUCCCAUGAGCACGGCUGUGUAUCUCGCCACAUCACUGUACAUCCACCGACUGGCCGUCGUCGAGCGAGCCAUUCCUGUAACGAAACGCAAUGCCCACCGGCUAGUUCUGGCGGGUCUGCGCGUAGCCAUGAAAGCCCUCGAAGACCUGUCGUAUCCUCACUCCAAGAUUGCCAAAGUCGGCGGGGUUAGCGAGGUCGAGCUUGCUAGGCUAGAAAUCAGCUUCUGCUUUCUGGCCGGAUUCGAGCUCGUGGUUGGGGAGGAGCUGCUGCGUGAACACUGGGAGCAGUUGAAGGAUGGCAAGGCUCAGCAGAUGCUCAAGGGACUGGAGGUGCCAACCUUGAAGUUGGAUGUGAGACCUAGAGAAGUGUCUCCAGCUAGUGGGUGA